CUCGGCGCUUUCUCCCGGAGCGGGCUCAGGAAAAAGCAGAAAAGACCAUGGGGUGUAUUAAAAGUAAGGAAGAUAAAAGUCCUACAAUGAAAUAUAGGACUGAGAAUGCUCCAGAACCCAUUACUUCCCAUGCCAGCCAUUAUGGAACAGAUCCAACCCAAGCAAACCAGUCACCUGCAAUAAAGGGAUCAUCAGUUAAUUUUAACAGCCAUUCCGUGACUCCUUUUGGUGGGCCAUCUGGUAUGACACCGUUUGGAGGAGCAUCUUCCUCAUUUUCAUCUGUGCCAUGUCCAUAUCCUAGCGGUUUAACAGGUGGCGUUACUAUUUUUGUGGCCUUAUAUGACUAUGAAGCCAGAACUACAGAUGACCUUUCAUUCAAGAAGGGUGAACGGUUCCAGAUAAUCAAUAACACGGAAGGAGACUGGUGGGAAGCACGAUCAAUUGCAACAGGAAAGAGUGGCUACAUUCCUAGCAAUUACGUAGCUCCUGCAGACUCCAUUCAAGCAGAAGAAUGGUAUUUUGGUAAGAUGGGCAGGAAAGAUGCAGAGAGAUUACUUUUAAAUCCUGGAAACCAACGUGGUAUUUUCUUAGUCCGAGAGAGUGAAACCACAAAAGGUGCUUAUUCCCUUUCUAUACGUGACUGGGAUGAGGUUAGAGGUGACAAUGUGAAACACUACAAAAUUAGAAAACUUGAUAAUGGUGGAUAUUACAUAACAACUAGAGCACAAUUUGAAUCUUUGCAAAAGCUGGUCAAGCACUAUACAGAUCAUGCUGAUGGCCUGUGCCAUAAAUUAACAACUGUGUGCCCAACUGUGAAACCUCAGACACAAGGUUUAGCAAAAGAUGCCUGGGAAAUUCCUAGAGAGUCUUUGCGGCUAGAGGUUAAGCUGGGUCAAGGAUGCUUUGGUGAAGUAUGGAUGGGAACAUGGAAUGGAACUACAAAAGUAGCAAUCAAAACACUAAAACCUGGUACAAUGAUGCCAGAAGCUUUCCUACAAGAAGCUCAAAUAAUGAAGAAAUUAAGGCAUGAUAAACUUGUUCCACUUUAUGCUGUUGUUUCUGAGGAGCCAAUCUACAUAGUCACUGAAUUCAUGACAAAAGGUAGCUUGCUAGACUUUCUUAAGGAAGGAGAAGGGAAAUAUUUAAAGCUUCCGCAGUUGGUGGAUAUGGCUGCUCAGAUUGCAGAUGGCAUGGCCUACAUUGAAAGAAUGAACUACAUUCAUAGAGACCUUCGGGCAGCUAACAUCCUUGUAGGAGACAACCUGGUAUGCAAGAUUGCAGACUUUGGCUUAGCAAGGUUAAUAGAGGACAAUGAGUACACUGCCAGACAAGGGGCAAAAUUCCCAAUUAAGUGGACAGCACCUGAGGCUGCAUUAUAUGGUCGGUUUACAAUUAAAUCUGAUGUCUGGUCAUUUGGAAUUUUGUUGACAGAGCUUGUAACAAAGGGUCGUGUGCCAUAUCCAGGCAUGGUAAACCGGGAAGUUUUGGAACAAGUGGAACGUGGCUAUAGAAUGCCUUGUCCUCAAGGAUGCCCAGAAUCUCUCCAUGAGUUAAUGAAACUGUGUUGGAAGAAAGAUCCUGAUGAAAGACCAACAUUUGAGUAUAUUCAAUCUUUCUUAGAAGACUAUUUUACUGCAACAGAACCACAGUACCAGCCUGGAGAUAAUUUAUAAGUCUUUGGCCUACAUUCAUUGCACAAAUCUGCCAAAUAUAAAAUACUUCCAAAAAAAUCCUUGCUGAUUGGAAGGACUCAGAGGAAAGCAAAUUGCCAUUUGCAUGCUCUUGAUGGCUAGCAAACUGGAAUUCCAUAAUACAAUUGCACAAAACCACUUUUUAAAGUGUUAUACCCAAAUGUACCAAUGAUGUGAUAUUUUCCUUCCUUAUUCUGUCAGGGUCCAGAAGAAGCAUACCUUAAAAUUUGGUGGUAAAAUGAGCAUUACCAUUACGGUUUAUAAGAGUGGCACAGCUAAUCUGUUUCUUUUUCUCUUGUCUUAUCUGUACAGCAAAGGAAACACCAGCAAUUAGAUAAACUUCUGAAUGGAAAUGUUCUGAGAAUAAGAAAGGAGGUAUAUGGGACCAAGCAAUUCAGUUCCCAUUUUAUAAAAUGUCCUGUGUCCAAAAAUUGAGUUAGCACUACAGUUGUGAUCUUGAGAUGCAUUUUACAUUGAUUUAAUUAGGAUAGGAAAGAUUUCUUUUAAAAACCAGACAAUUUAUGAUAAACUUGAUUAAAUUGUAGACCUCAGUAGUGGAAGUGAAGAGCAUUAAUGCACUGUAGAGAUACUUUUAUGUUAAUGUAACUGGAAAUUAGUAUAUGCAAGUUGAUCUCUCCCCACCCCCGCUCCUGCUAUACUUUAAUUAUAAAUGAUAAAGGUAACUACAAAUUGAAUUAAUGCAAUCAGGGGGAAAGAGAAAGUCUCAUCAUUCUUUCAAGAGGUAGCCUUUCAGAGAGAAAUGCCCUGUGAAACAUGCCUCAAUUUUGUGAGCUUCUUUCAGAAGAGAGAGGGAGGGAGGGAGAGGUGGUCCGUAGUUACAAAUGCUUCCUAUAAAACAUUGCUAGUUCAGGGAUUCACAAAAUUGCACUUCUGCUUUUCUUAAAAAGAUACUCUUAUGUAUCAUUAACAAAGUAUUUAUGGAAAAAGUGUGAAAAGAUGACGGGCCCAAUAUAUUUAGUAUUAGAUUAUUGACAGCAAAUUAUUGAUGGUUAGUUGGCCCAGCUGUUGCAUACUAUAUUCAAGCUCCAAGCCAACAGAGCAUGCAUACAGAGCAGGGUUUGACAUGGAUGGGCUGUUUAGAAAAGCCAAAUUCCCACCAAUAAGUGGCUGUGUGUGGAAGGGGGAGUGGUUGGUAGGAUUUACCACCCCACCCCCCCAGGCUUUGCAUAUUCACCCCACUAGAUUCAGCUAGUGGCAAGAGUGGAGGAGCCUUCUUCCAUCUGCAUAUUGUCCUUAGUUAUAUUUGGAAGUAAUAGUAGUUACCAUAACCUCUGACAUAUCAAGCAAUAAUGUGCCGUUGGCAUUGUUAGAAUCUGCCAAUUAUACUUUAAAAAAAAUUUUGCACAACAAACUUUUUCUGUGAAAAUUAUGAUCAACAUCAUUGUCAUAUCAGACAAAUCAUAUGGAUUUAGUUCUUAAUGGUUACAUUUGUCGCAUCCAGAGUUUUGAAUUCUGCUCCUACAAUAUAUUUUUUUGUAAAAUGGUGCAAUUAUGUUGCAUUUUCCCUUAUCGUUUAUGCAUCCCUAACUAUGAAAUUUUCAAAGGGUUUUAUGUAGAAAAUAAAUUAUGGGAUUGUGAUUUUUCCUGUAUGUUAGAAUGGGUAAUGCAAUUACAUUUAUGUAAUAAUGCAACACAUCAGUAAAUUAUUCUGAUAUUGAUUGGAUGUUAAUUAACAAAUGGAACAAUUCAUUGUAACAACAUUUGUAUAGUGAGGAAAUAAAAAAAACACUUAACUUUAUGA